ACAACGAGCGCCUGAAAAGAAAGGCACUGUCAUCACCACCACCACCACCCGUUCCCCUCUCUCUCCUCUUUCUCUCUCCUCUUUCUCUCUCUACGCAUCGGGCGACCUCCGGCUGCUCCGUCGACGCGCCGUCGAGAGAUCGAUUCGUCGCCGGCACGGGAUUCCUCGUGCGAUCGGUAAAUGAUUGACCCUGUCAACUUGGAGAAUCUGUGAGCUUAGGUGUUGAUGCCUGUGCAUCUGAUGGCUUCAGUGGGCAUCGCACCUAAUAGUAUCAGGGAACCUAGUGGUCACAGUGUCGGUGUUGAUAGGUUGCCUGAAGAGAUGAAUGAAAUGAAACUUAGGGAUGACAAGGAAAUGGAAACUACUGUAGUUGAUGGUAAUGGCACAGAGGCAGGUCACAUCAUCGUGACAACUAUUGGUGGCAGAAAUGGUCAGCCAAAGCAGACGAUAAGUUACAUGGCUGAGCGUGUGGUUGGACAGGGGUCAUUCGGGGUUGUUUUUCAGGCUAAGUGCUUGGAGACUGGUGAAACUGUGGCUAUAAAGAAGGUCCUUCAAGACAAGAGGUACAAGAAUAGGGAGUUGCAAACGAUGCGCCUUCUUGACCACCCGAAUGUUGUCUCAUUGAAGCAUUGCUUUUUCUCGGAGACUGAAAAGGAUGAACUGUAUCUUAAUUUGGUACUUGAGUACGUGCCAGAGACUGUUCAUCGUGUCAUUAAGCACUAUAACAAGUUAAACCAAAGGAUGCCCACAAUAUAUGUGAAACUUUACACAUAUCAGAUAUUCAGAGCCUUGUCUUACAUUCAUCGAUGUAUAGGAGUUUGCCACCGGGACAUUAAACCUCAAAAUCUCUUGGUAAAUCCUCAUACGCACCAAGUCAAAUUAUGUGAUUUUGGAAGUGCAAAAGUGUUGGUAAAAGGGGAGCCAAAUAUAUCCUACAUCUGCUCAAGAUAUUAUAGGGCACCUGAACUGAUAUUUGGUGCAACUGAAUACACUACAGCUAUUGACAUCUGGUCUGCUGGCUGUGUGCUGGCAGAGCUGCUGCUUGGACACCCUCUCUUUCCUGGUGAGAGUGGAGUUGACCAGCUGGUGGAGAUUAUCAAAAUUUUGGGCACUCCAACCAGGGAGGAAAUUAAAUGCAUGAACCCCAAUUACACAGAGUUUAAAUUCCCUCAGAUAAAAGCGCACCCGUGGCACAAGAUAUUCCACAAGCGAAUGCCUCCUGAAGCUGUUGAUUUAGUUUCAAGAUUGUUGCAAUAUUCUCCCAAUCUGCGAUGCACAGCUCUUGAUGCUUUGACGCAUCCCUUCUUCAACGAGCUACGCGAUCCCAACACUCGGCUGCCAAACGGACGGUUCCUGCCGCCACUUUUCAAUUUUAAGGCUCACGAAUUGAAAGGUGUCCCGGUGGAGGUCCUGUUGAAAUUGGUCCCGGAACACGCGAGGAAGCAUUGUCCUUUUCUCGGGUUGUAAUGCUCGAUGGUGUUAAGAAUGUAACAAAAACCAGCUAGUGUUGUUUCUAUAAAUAUUAGUCGCGAUGGUUCCCUCGUUGCCACUAUGAUUUAUUGUCUUGAUGUAUCUGUUCUAUGCAUCUCCUCCUGUGUCUAUUUUAACUAUCAGCUGCGAGUCCAUGACCUAUGUGGCUAUUUGUAAUCUUGAAUGACAGUGAGUGCGUGAGAU